GUGAGUAAUCCGCUGUGCCGUGAGUGAGGAAAGUUGUCCAUGCCACAUUUCUUUUGGAUGUUCCUUUUUAUAAUUUUUACAAAUUAAGUUUUUUUUUGUAUAUACUUGGGGUUCUUACGCAUGGAGGAGAGGUUUGGUUGCGCACAAGGAAUGUUUCUGCGGUAGUUUUUCAUUUUGGAUCUCAGCAGUUCGUAAUUGCUCUCUGAUGCCCAUGGAACAAGACAGGGUUUUCUGUGCUCGUUUGUUUUUGUGUACAGCGUGCGUACAUCACAGGAUCCCAGGGAAUGCAGUGAUCAAUGUAGGCUACAUGUAACCAAGUCUCAACCUUUCGGAGGGUCUUCCCACAGAGUCUCAAGACAAGGAAAAACAGCUGUAAAUGGAUCGCUAUUUCAGCCUUGUUUCUCUCUGGUUUCAGCUGGAACUUUGUGCUAUGGCUGUUCUUCUCACGAAAGGAGAGAUCAGGUGUUACUGCGAUGCACCGCACUGCGUUGCCACUGGAUACAUGUGUAAAUCGGAGCUUAACGCGUGCUUCACCAAGGUCCUGGACCCACUUAACACAAACUCACCUCUAACACAUGGCUGCUUAGAUCCACUUUUAAACUCUGCGGAUGUGUGCGGCAGCAAAAUCAUGGAUGUUUCUGGCGGAAGCUCUUCUCCCAUAGAGUGCUGUCAUGAUGAUAUGUGUAACUACAGAGGUCUGCAUGACCUCACACACCCUCGAGGUGACUCCACAGACCGAUUCCACAGCUCCAACCAGAAACUGAUCACAAGGGUGCAAGAGUUAGCCUCAGCUAAAGAAGUGUGGUUCCGAGCGGCAGUCAUAGCUGUUCCCAUUGCGGGCGGCCUUAUCCUGGUCCUGCUGAUUAUGCUGGCAUUGCGGAUGCUCCGUAGUGAAAACAAGCGGCUACAGGCCCAGCGCCAGCAGAUGCUGUCUCGCCUGCAUUACAGUUUCCAUGGACACCACCAUGCCAAGAAAGGCCAUGUGGCCAAGUUGGACCUGGAGUGCAUGGUGCCGGUAACAGGACAUGAGAACUGCUGCCUGGGAUGCGAUAAGCUGCGGCAGACAGAACUUUGUGCGGGAGGAGGGAGUGGAGGUGAACGACUCCUAUCUCUGGUGCACUGGGGGAUGUACACGGGACAUGGCAAGCUGGAGUUUGUAUGACUACUUGGUGCUUCCUUGUUUGGACAUGAACUUACUCACAGUAGAAAGAGUGUAGAGUUUGCUGUUGUAAUUUUAUUAUUGUCCUUUCCACUUGUUAUUUUAUUGUCUCCAUUUCUUGACUUGGAGCGUGAAGAAAUUUCAUGGACGCAAUUGUUUGUGUUUUCUCAAAAGAGCACUUUACUUGAAUUUGAAUGGCUAGUCUAUGUGGGGUGGAGCUAAAUUUGAAAGGGUGGGGCAAAGGACUUUAAACCCCACUUGUUUCCCCACUGAGCCAUGUCCUGUGGAUCCUGGACUGACACUGAAGAUUAAAGGAUUCGUAAAAAGAUGGUCUUAUUUUGCACAUUUGUAUAAAAUAUAUGAGAUGUUGAUGAGGGGGUAUGAAUGGUCGUAGAGUUGCAUUCAAAGCGGCCUUUUUUUCUUUGAAGAAUUUUACACUGACAGCAGGGUAAAAAAAAUACUUUUUGUUUAAGUCAAAUUGUAUGAAUAAAGGAUCCAUUCUUGACUGUAACAGAUCAUUUGUCUUUGCUUAUGAUUCCAUUAAUCAAAUGGAUUUGUGAAAUGAUGUUGUUUUUUAAGCUCUAUAUGAGUGUGUGUGUGUUAGAGUGUUAAAGUUUGGUCAGUAACUUUUCCAGGGAUACUAACACAGGGGCCUCAUUCUAAGGUAGUGCCCUACAUCUGAUUGCGUCAUCUCUGAAACCCCUCCAAAAGGGACACAUUACAUCUCUCUGGCUCUCCUGCCCUUCUCUCGGGAUUAAUACUGGAGGUAGACUGAGUAUUUAUUUAGUAAGUGAGGGAAUGUCAGUAAGCUGUGAGUUCAGAGUCUUUUGCCUGCACUCACCCAACACAGUAAUUCUCUUGUAUGCACUCUGGCUGGAGUUUACAGUCCACAAAUCACAGGCAGAUCUGUGAAACUUUUAUAUACCUACUUUGAAAAUUUGCUAGCAGCUUUAUACACUAACUCAUCUUAAGACCGUGGCAUUACCAACAGCAAUUGCUAACAUUCCAUUGUGAUUAAGUUUAUUGCAGUAGAUGUGUACAGCAUGAUCUCCAUGUCACAUUGAGAUGUUUACCAAGCAAAUAACUUGCUGAAAAUAUGUGCAA